AUGAACACUUUGAAUAAGAUAUGCACGGCACUUACCGUUGUCUUCGCUUUCUGUUUGGUUGUUCUGGUGGCCGAGAUUCUCUAUGUGCUCUGGCGCCGGAGAAGAUUUCGGAGUCGGAGCCUUGCUAGCGGCGAUGUCGAGUUCAGCGAUGAGUCAUUCUAUCCAACGCCAUCAAAAGAGCUACUGUAUUUCUUCUGCUGGAGGAACCAGACCUCUCGCAUCGAACCUGAUGCUGAAACAUCAACAGCCGCAGCAGCAGCAGCGGCGGAAACGGCUCCACCACUCCCACAGAGUACGCCUACGGAUGCGGAUGUGGAUGAGAUGCUAAAGCGGCAUGCACUGUACGGUCCAUCUAGGGUUCUGUUCACUAUAAAAGAAGAGGAGAGAGAGGAGAUGGAGACGGAUUUUUCUUCUUCUGCAGAGAACGAAGAGAGGAAAAGGAAAAGGAAGACAAAGAAGAAAUCGAGGACCCUCUCUUUGGAAGAGGUUGCCGUUUCUGCUGUGGUGAUUGACAUAGAUGACUCGACGCCGUUUUGUACUCCGAGUGCUUCACCUCCGUACUAUACUCCGUCACCCUCUCCUGCUCGUGACAGAAAUUCGCCACACUCAUCAACUGAAAACAUCGCUCUAGAAGAAUGA